CCUGAAAUGUCAUGCCUCGACUGGCACAUAGAGCUUUUAUUGUAUUUGCGUGACAGGAGUUGAUUUAUUUGUGAUGUUUUAGAAAACUCUCCUCCAGCUAACGUUAGCGAGUUAGCAAAUGUAGCUUGACAGGUCCCGUCGUAAACACAGGCAGCUAGCUGUCUCGCUAGCGUCGUGAGCUAGUUUUGGAUUAUCCGUCUGUCUUUGUGUCCGUCCUCCCUGUCACCAGCCGGCAGAGCAAAGGAAAGACACGAGGACAACAUAACAGCCUUUAUGUUCACAUUUAUCCAUCGCUCUUAUGUUUCCUGAACUGAGGACUGCAGCUAACUCAGCAGCACAGCCAGCCAAAGAAGUGUUCCUGGACACCGACACUGCUCCCAGCUGGCCUGCAUCCCAAGAAGAUGGUUUUGUGAGAAGUUCUUUCCAAAGUCGCACCAGCAGUAUUGUGACUGUUCAUUUCCCUGAUGGAACUGGAUACUAAUGAAUCAGGAGCAGCUCAAAUGGAGGCUAACGCUAAUCAAGAAACCCACGUCAUAAAACCCAAAGAGGCUGAAAUCCAUACUGUGGACGCUGAGACGCAACCGAAAAAUCAAGAGCUGGGAUACGCACAAAACACAAAAGGGGAUAUUCAUAAUGGUCCUGUCAGUUCAGAUGCGAUGGCAAACGGAGACGGACUGGCAGAAGGCUUCGGUGCUGCAGGGAACACCCAUGUAAAUGGGUCCCUGCCUCCAACAGCCCCUCCCCAGAGCACCAGCUCCCCUGUCAACUCCCAGACCUCCCCAGGUGUGGCUUCUUAUCCACCCAUGAUGCUAGAGAGGUCUGAGGGGGCUAGUGCUGAGGUCACGGUACACACGGGUGAUUCAUUGCAGUCACUCAGACUCAGUAUGCCUAUGCAGGAGACUGAAUUGUCCAACCAGAAGCCAUCACUGGAGAUGGAGAAUGAGGAAAGGAUUCGCCUGGAGGCUCGCCGGCGUCUGGAGGAGCAACUCAAACAGUAUAGAGUGCAGAGACAUAAGGAGAGGUCUCACCGCUCAGCCCCCAAGAACAGACCAUUCAGCACCCUGGAUCCAGAGCUCAUGCUGCACCCUGAGGCUCUGCCCAGGGCCAACACUGUUGCCAUGACCAAGGAGUAUUCCUUCCUGAGGACCAGUGUCCCCCGUGGUCCCAAACUGGGUAGCCUGGGAAUUCCCCCUUCAAAGGAGAGAAAGUCCAGAUCACCUCGUCCGAGCAAGAUCCACUCCUUGGCUGACUACAAGUCCCCUGAGAAUGAUGGUGGAGGAGUAAGAACAGCAGACAACACUAAUAGCUCCCUCCAGUCUACCAUUAGCUCAGUGUCCACAUUGUCUGAGGUCAGUGUGAUGUCGGAGGGCAGCACCUGUGAGACCGAGUUACAGCAUGGUGCUCCACUCCAAAUCGGGGACAAUGUCUCAGAAAUUGAUGGCAGUGAAUCAGGAACAAGGCCAGGGAACGACGGCAAUGACAGUGACAGCUCGUCUUAUAGCAGCGUGUCUACCAGAGGGACAUAUGGCAUGCUCUCCGCAGCAGUUGAGCAACAGCGGGGGCCUUACACAGUAGAGGGGAAGGAGAUUGCCCCAGAGGCUAUGGGUCAGUUUCCCUCUCUGCAGGAGGUACUGCAGGCAGCCAGUGAAGAGCAGCACCUGCUGGAGCUGGAGCAGGAGAGAGAAGGGACAGCAGAGCCUCGCAGCCGCAGAGACAGUUUCUCCAGCAGUGUUUCCUUGGAGAGUUCAGUGAUGGGCCACGAUGAAAUGCUGCAGGUGUUGAAAGAGAAAAUGAGGUUGGAGGGUCAGCUGGAAUCUUUGUCAUCUGAGGCCAAUCAGGCUCUCAAGGAGAAGACAGAACUUCAGGCCCAGCUCGCUACAGUGAAUGCUCAGUUGCAGGCCAAGACGGAGGAGGCCCAGUUCAGCCAGCAGAAGCAAAGUGCACUCACCACGGAGGUCAGCACACUGCGGCAGAACACCACCCAGCUGGAGAAGGCCAUGGUGGAGCUCCAGGGCAGUUUGGAGAGCAAGAAUGCCAGUCUGGCUUCUCUAAGUAAUGACCUGAAGGUGGCUGAAGACCAGUACAACAGACUCAUGGGGAAGGUGGAGGAGAUGCAAAACACUGUAGCCUCAAGAGACAAUACAGUUCAAGAGUUGCGUCUGCAGAUGGGUGGUCUUCAGAGCCAGCUUCAACAGGUUCAGUUGGAGCGCAGCACCCUGCAGAGCCGAAUGAAGACAUCCCAGGCUGAAAUUGACUCACUCCAGCAGGUCAGACAGUGGUACCAGCAGCAGCUUGCAAUGGCCCAGGAGGCAAGAGUGCGACUGCAAAGCGAAAUGGCCAACAUGCAGGCUGGGCAGAUGACUCAGAUUGGUGUUGUGGAACAUCUGAAGCUGGAGAAUGUGACUCUGUCCCACCAGCUUACUGAGACCCAACACCGCUCCAUCAAAGACAAAGAGCGUAUUGCUGUUCAGCUGCAGAGCAUUGAGGCCGACAUGCUGACCCAGGAAGCUAAUUACAAGCAAAUCCAGGAUGCAAAGACCAUGGUGGAAGAUGAUCUGCAACACAGACUGGAUGAGUUUGAGGAAGAGCGAGAACGCUUAUUGAAACUGGCAAACACGGCCAGCAGCCUGGAAAGGGAACUUGAGCAGGUGAGGUUGACCCUUUCCCAGAAAGACGUGCAGGUGCAAUCACUCCAGAAAGAACAUCUGGAGCUGAUGCGCCAGCUGACCACCACUCAGGAGAACCUGCAGACCAAAGAGCAGUCCAUCAACCAGCUAGAGGCCCGCUACCUGGAGCUGGAGGCCCAGCUGGCCGAGCUGCAGACAGAGAGCAGCAGCAAGGACGACAGCAUCCAGUACCUCCAGAACGAAAAGAUUGUCCUGGAGGUAGCUCUGCAGGCAGCUCGGGCAGACAAGAGCCAGCUUGACGAGGGCGCUCAACGGCUCGGAGAGGAUGUUCUGGUGGCUUCUGAUGUCUUGGAUCAGCUUAGACAGGAAGUCCAGGUCAAAGCCAAUCAGGUUGAAACUCUUCAACAGGAAAACAGUUCCCUGAAGAAACAAGCUCAGAAACUGAAGGAGCAGUUCCAACAACAAAAGGUGAUGGUGGAAGCCUACCGUCGGGACGCCAUUUCCAAAGACCAGUUGAUCAGUGAGCUCAAGUCCACCAAAAAGCGUCUGUUGAUGGAGGUGAAAGACUUGAAGCAGGAGCUGCUGGGUGUUCAGGGGGAGAAGCAGAAGGUAGAACUGGAGCAGACCCGACUACAGAAGGAGGUGGUGAGAGUCCAAGAGCAGAUGAGUAACAUGGAGGCUCAUCUGCAAACCAUUCAGACAGAGCGGGAUCAACUAGAAACCCAGAUCCAGUCUCUACAGUUUGAUCAGAGCCAGCUAGCAGCAGUGACAGAAGAGAAUGAAAGCCUGAGGAAACAGGUGGAGCAAAUGGAGGGAGAAGCCAAAAAGGCCAUCUCAGAGCAGAAGGUACGCAUGAAGCGGCUGGGGACAGAUUUGACCAGUGCUCAGAAGGAGAUGAAGGCCAAACACAAGGCCUACGAGAACGCUGUGGGAAUCCUGAGCAGGAGGCUCCAAGAAGCUCUAACUGACAAGGAGACGGCUGAGGCAGAGCUGGUCAAACUCAAGGCCCAGGUGUCUGAUGGGGGAAACAGCCAGGCCUUACAGGAGAAGAUUAAAGCUUUGCAAGCUGAGCUGCUGGUUGUGUCCAAAAGUAAGACCAUGCUAGAGAAGGAGCUGCAGGAAGUGAUCACGCUCACCUCCACAGAGCUGGAGGAGUACCAGGAGAAGGUUAUGGAGCUCGAGGAUGAGCUUCAAGAGUCACGAUGCUUUAAGAAGCGGAUUCGAAAGUUAGAAGACGCCAACAAGAAGCUAGCACUAGAGCUGGAACAUGAAAAAGGGAAACUGGCUGGGUUGGCACAGUCCCACAAUACACUGCGGGAGCAUUCCAAUAUUUUGGAAACUGCCUUGGCUAAGAGAGAGGCAGAUCUUGUCCAACUCAACUUACAGGUUCAAGCUGUUCUGAAGCGUAAAGAGGAAGAGGACCAGCAAAUGAAGCAAGUGGUACAGACUCUACAGCUUGCCUUGGAAAAAGAGAAAACCAAAGUGAAAGACCUGAAAGAACAGGUGGCAGCAGCAAAGGCUGAAGCAGCCCAUAAUAGACGACACUACAGGGCAGCCAUGAUGGAGCUGUCCGAGAUCAAGAAGGACCUGCAAGCCAAAGAGGACCUGGUCAAAGCUCUGCAGAGUGAAUCUCUGAAACUACAGGCUCAGGAUGAGCAGCACGCUCAGGAGGUAUCCAGGUUCCAAGAGGAGCUGGCUGAGGCCCAUUCACAUCUCCAGAUCCUCCAGAAACAACUGGAUGAGGAGCUGGCUAAGCAGCCCCUCACGAACCAAGAGGUUGAGGACCUAAAGUGGGAACUGGAGCAGAAGCAGAGGGAGAUUGAGGCUCAGAAGCAGCAGCUUGAGAUGAUGGAGCAGUGUCACCACAGGGAGCUGGACAACCUACAGAGAGCUCUGCAGAACAUCAAGGUAGAGCUGGAGUCAGUGCAGGAGGAGCUGAGCACUACCAGGAAGGACAAGUUUAUGCUGCAGGCCAAAGUGGGUGAGCUGAGGAACAGCAUGAAGACGGUCCUGCUACAGAACCAGCAACUCAAACAGGACCUCAAACAGAGCCGUCUUAGGAAGCAGCGCAUGGAUCUAAAAAGUGAAGGAAACCCAUCCAACCCAGUGACGCCAGUUAAGAUCCCAGACUGCCCGGUGCCUGCCACCCUGUUGGAUGAGUUGUUGAAACCAUCAACAUCUGUCAACAAGGAGCCCCUCAACAACCUGCACAACUGUCUACGGCAGCUUAAGGAGGAGAUGGACAGCCUCCAGAAGCAGAUGGAGGAACACACAGUAACAGUACAUGAGUCAAUGAGCUCAUGGACAAACACAGAGGAGGAACUGGCUCAACUGGGACUUCAAAACAACAUCUCCAAAUCAUCAACGCCGCUUAGUAACAUGGUGGAAAAUAACAAUGAAGCAGAACCGCAGCAAUCAUAACAAAAGAACUUUUCUCAGGCCAAUAGAGGGAGAGUGGAGUUUUAUCCACAACGGCACUUUUAGCCCCUUAUUCCCUUUCUCUUUUCUUAACAAUUGCUGCCAACAUUUGGCAUUCUCCCAUCAGCACAGAAGUGCUUUCGCAGAGUAAUACUUUACAUACCAUAGCUUUAUUCUUUUCUGUUUAUAUUUUUAUUAUGCUAUUGUCAAAUUUUAUUUAUUUAGAGUUAAAGAAUUACAACCUAUCUGACAGCCUCUCCGGAGGACUCCCCAUCUUCAGUUUUGUUAUCUACCUAGUUGUUAAACUGAUCUGUUUGGCCAGUUUUCGCCUGUUGAGUCGUCAGUUUUUCUCACUAAAAGGUAUUUAGGCGUCAUCCUGCUCCUAAUAUGAAAUCAGUGGCUUUGAUGCUGCUUAAUGAGAAAAGAGUGUUUUUGGUAACAAAUCUUGAUUCUGCACAGACUGGCUAUGAACUGUUCUUCCAUUUCUUUGUGCCUGUGUAGAAGUGAAGUUGCUCAUCUAUAAUUUACAGACGUAGUAACACAUACACAUGGUUUCCAAGCAGCAGUUAAUGAAAUAUCAUCACUCCUUUUCAUAAAGUCAUGCACAAUUGUGGUCAUUUUUGUUUUGGUGUUGCCUCUUGUUAAAAUGCAGUGUUUAAGUUUGUUGUAACCGUAUCACCUUUGGUUCUUAAACUCUAAAAACAUUAAUCUCAGUUAUGUAUGGAGGUGUUUUGUCUAGCAUGGACUGCAGUAAUUUGUACGCAAAAAAGCCUUAAGCAAUCUUUAAUAUGUUGUAAAGGACUAGGCUGGUUUGAAUGAGUGUAUUUCUGCUGAGGGUGUGUUGAAGAUGUAAUAUGUUUAUUGUAUAUGUGUGCAGAUCCUUACUAAAGAAUGCUAUAUUGUAAAAUAAGUGGGUCACAUUAACAGACAUUGCACACUCUGAUGAACUGACAGAGAGUCAAUUGUAAGAUUAAGCAGAGAUGUUACUUCUAACAGCCGUUGCAAUGAGAUGAGUGUUCAUGUUCUGUUACGUUUGGUACAUACUGUAUUUACAAAAAAGGACUACCCCUGAAUCAGAUGUUAUACUUGUUGGCUGUUUCAUGGCUAAGGGGAUAAAUUAAUUGUUUCCAGAGGUUAAUAUAUAAAUACACUUUCUUUUUGUAUGAUUGUAAAGUUAUCAUAAUUGUUUAAUAGUGUAACAAAGCUGAAUUACAAGAUAUCAAAUACAAAUCGUGAAUGAAAGCUGACGGUAAAUCUAGUACACCUACGCUAAACUUUCAGUGUGGAGGGGGUCAUUGGAUGAUACAGUAACUCUCUGCAUGCAUCUGUGCUGCAGCCACUGUGUUGGUGCUCAUUUCCACACUGACACUGAAAAAAAAAAAGUCAAAUCAUUGUAUGCUUAUGAAUUUACAAAGGGACAAUAAACAGUUUGAGAAGAA